CAAGUGGACUGAAUCUUAAACAAGUCUCGACUGAAUUGUGACUAAAUCGAUUUUUUUUUCCUUCCUUUUUUCAAGUUUUGUUUAAAUCUAAAAUUUUCUUAAUGAAAUCAUGUGGAAGUUUUCAGAAUGCUAGAAGUAGGAACAUGUGGUUCCAUUGAGUUUCAUGAUAACUAAAAGUCGUCUUUCUUUCUUUCUUUCGGAUAUAAAUUCAUGUGGAACUUUUUUUUAUAAGUUCGUAAUAAUCUUUUACCAUAAGAUUGAUAUUUGGAGCAUAUGUAUCUACGAAAGAACCUGGAAGAACUCAAAAGCAAAGCAGCAGCUUCGCUCGCAUUCUUCUCUCCGUCUCUCUAACGUGCGCAACUUGCAGAAUGGAUUCUCAAGUAAAGCUUGCAGUGGUGGUGAAUGUGAUGGGCCACACAAGUUCAAGAGGACAAGUGACUCAGGUCAAGGUCAAAUUCCUGGAUGACCAGAAUCAACUCAACAUGAGGAAUGUGAAGGGUCCAAUCAGGGAAGGCAACAUCCUUACCCUGGUCGAGUCUGAAAGGGAAGCAAGGAGGUUACGCUGAGCAAGGUUUUGUUCCCCGAGGUUUUGUUAGGUUAGAACUGACUGGUUAGGCUGAGUGCUUCCCUUGAAGAAUCUCCCAAAUAAUAGGUUUGUUUCCAUUCCCUUGCAGCAGCUGAGUGCUUCAC